CGUCCCCGAGGCUCCUCCAAAUCCUGCCCGUGGUUUAAAAAUCGCUCUCUUGGCACAAGCGCGCGGGAGCCAGGCUCACUUUGUCGCCGCUGACGCUGUCGAAAUCGCUGUGGCUCCAGCAGUAACGACAGCGAGCCCCCUCCCCGCAUCCCUCCCUCCUUCCCUCCCUCCGCCGGGUCACCCGCUCCUCGUGAGGAACCGAACGCUGAUAUUCCAUCAGCUUCAUCUUCCCCGCUUACGCGAAAGUGAGGAAGACUUGCUAAUUAAUUUACAUACGAGGGAAUGAUGUCUGAAGGAAGGAAAAAACACCCCGUUGCACCUGCUCCGCCGAGACUUGUCAUCUGAAUCUGGAGGAGAGCUAUAAAUCAUGUAAAGUGUUCGCGGUGGAGUCGGCUUCUUCUGAGAGCUGUAGGAUUAUGUAUCCAAAUGCUGAAUUUAUAUUUCCCACUAGGAAAAGACUGAAACUCAGUUUGAUGCCAGAAGGUUCUUACUCAGGGCAGAACUAGCUUCACAGACAAUACUGUGUCAUCCUUGCAUCAUCAUAGACAGAAUUGGAUUUUUGCACAGGAGUAACAUUUGUGCAAAAGUCUCCAACUGAAAAAAAAAGAUGCUUCAGAAGCUUGCUGUGUGUUUACCACGGGUUCUGCCAACCAGAGGGGACUCACCUGUUCUUUCAUUAAUUGAGCAAAACAUUAUCUUGAAAUAAUUAUUCCUCUCCACAUGGCCUUCCUACUUGUGUCAGCUUAUCUUCUGCUGACUCAUGCUCGGGGUGCUCCUGUUGAGAAUGGGGCACUGCUGGCAACACUGAAGUCACAAGUGGGAUUAUUCAGCAAUAAAAGUGAGCACUAUUCAGCACAGGUGAGACCUCCUGGCACGAGCAGACAAAUACCUCAGACAAUCAUCAUAGGAGUUCGUAAAGGAGGGACCAGAGCUUUGCUGGAAAUGUUGGAUAUUCAUCCUAACAUUGUGGUGGCAGCUACAGAAGUCCACUUCUUUGACUGGGAUGAAAAUUAUGUAAAAGGAAUAGACUGGUAUAGAAAUCUGAUGCCAUUUUCUUAUGGAAAUCAAAUUACAAUUGAGAAAACACCAGGCUAUUUUACAUCACCACAGGCUCCAGGAAGAAUUCAUGACAUGAAUAGCUCCAUUAAACUGCUGCUCAUUCUAAGAGAUCCCACUGAGAGAGUUAUAUCUGACUAUACCCAAGUGUAUUACAACAGAGUAGAAAGUCACAAGCCUGUUCAGCUCUUUGAAGAUAUUGUUAUUAAGAAUGGAGUGCUUAAUACCAAAUACAAAGCUAUUCAGAGAAGUCUAUAUGAUGUCCAUAUGGAAAAGUGGCUUAAGCAUUUCAGUUUGGAUCAGAUUCACAUAGUGGAUGGAAAUACUUUGAUCAAGGACCCUCUUCCUGAAUUACAAAAAGUUGAAAGAUUUCUAAAUCUUCCAUCCCGAAUUAUGUCUUCUAAUUUUUAUUUUAACCAAACCAAGGGAUUCUACUGCAUCAGAAGUGAUGGGAGGGAGAGAUGUUUACAUGAAUCCAAAGGGCGUCCCCAUCCUCUUGUUAACAGCACUGUUUUAGAGCAACUCUAUUCUUACUUCAGAGAGCACAAUGCAAAAUUUUACAGGAUGGUUAAUCAUUCCUUUGACUGGCAUUAACACAUUAGGGGUCAAUGUUUCUUUAAAAGGCCCUGAGACACACUUUCAGACAUACCUUUCUAAACUGUAAAGACUCGUAUUAAGAGAAUUAACACAUUGGUUAUAUACUUCAUUGGAACAACACAUCUGUUACUCAUUGAAAGGGUAUUCUUUAUGGUGGGAAAAAUAAGUUUUAUGUAUUUGUAUGAUUACUGGGAGUCAUAUUCUGAUCUUCUUUGUCUCACAUGCAAAUACAUUAACUUCAGCAAACUUAGCAAACGUGUAUCUCUACAAAAUUUCUGCUGUUUUGGAAAAAUGCAUCUAACAGUUAAAAAUGUAAAUAUUGGAAAUAGUAUUAUUCUAACUGUUCUGUAUUUUUUGUUGUUAGUAUUUUUUAUAUCCCACAUGAUAAUGGUGUUGAUUUAUAGAAUUUUUCAUAAAAUAAGUUUAAAUUGUAUGUUAAAAUAGGGGCAUACAUAAUAGCUCCAAUAAAUUAAUCAUCAUCUUUAA